AUGGUCGGAAUGACCCAGAUCGAAACUCCCUCAAACGUUAAUUUGAAUUCGAUCGCGGAUAUAACUCCUGAUACUGAAGACACUAGACCCCUUGUGGGGAUAAUUUAUCCGCCUCCAGAUAUUAGAAAUAUUGUUGAUAAAACUGCAGUCUUUGUUGCGAGAAAUGGUGUACAAUUUGAGGAACGUAUCCGUGAAAAUGAGAAGCAUAAUUCCAAAUUUACCUUAAAAAAGGCAGAAGUAAAAGAAAUCAAAGUGGAAAUGAAAGACGAAGGUCCUCCCCCCAAAGUUCCACCGAAGGAACCGCCAAAGUUUGAAUUCAUGGCUGAUAUGCCUGCAAUAUCAGCCCAAGACCUUGAUAUUUUAAAAUUAACAGCCCAAUUUGUAGCACGUAACGGUCGUCAAUUUAUGACCGCCCUAUCACAGCGUGAACAACGAAAUUAUCAGUUUGAUUUUCUUCGGCCGAAUCAUAGUUUAUGCAAUUACUUUACAAAAUUGGUCGAACAAUAUACAAAAGUAUUGAUUCCAGCUAAAAAUCUGAAUGAAAAAUUAAAUUCCAAUGUAGAAAAUAAGUACCAAAUAUUAGAACGUGUAAUGCAACUCGCAUAUGCCUCAAUUGACUGGCACGAUUUUGUUAUUGUGGAAACUGUUGAAUUUACGGAAGCAGACGAAACUAUUGAUCUUCCUCCGCCCAUGAGCAUAAUGGAAUUGGAAAAUAUGACACUCGCUCAAAAGAAGAUGGCAUCUGUUAAUAUCAUUGAAACUCAAGAAGAUAAAGCAGCAGAAAUUGACAUGGAGAUCAAACCUCCCGACACUUCUGCUCCUAUGAAAAUAGUAAAAGAUUAUACACCAAAAGCCUAUGCACCUAAAACCAAUACUGAAAAACCUACUCUCAUUUGCCCCAGAUGUAAACAAGCCAUUCCUGUUGAUGAAAUGGAUGAUCACGUGCGUAUAGAAUUGUUGGAUCCUAAAUGGAAAGAACAAAAAAUGGCUGCAGAAGCGAAGAAGAAAGAAUCAAAUUUGCUACAAGAAGGAACGGAUGUCGCCAAAAAUCUCAAGGCGUUUUCUGGUUAUCGUUCUGAUAUAUUUGGAAAUGAAGAAACAGAAAUUGGUCGUAAGGUCGAUAUUAAUCGUUCAUUAUUAUAG